UAACUAAUCAUAAAAUUCUCCCAUUAAUCAAGCUUAAGUCCAUACCUUCCUCACCAAAUCAAAACCAACCCCUCUUAUAAUUCCACAAACUACUUCCUCCUGCAGGAGCUUCGGGAGAGGGGCGACAAUGAAGCUUUCGGCGUUGCACCAGAGCUAUCUCAGCCGCCGGAGCAACAGCUUCAGGUCUUCAGGACAGUUAGAUUCGUCAUCCGACACCGGUUAUAAAUCGCCUGCGGCUGUUUUUUGGCUUCUCCUCCACGGUCUCUGUUGUUUAAUCAGCUUAGUUCUCGGAUUCCGUUUUUCUCGUUUGAUCUUCUUCUUCUUAUUCUCCACUUCUUCCUCCAACCUCUACACGCCGCCGUUUCGUUCAGCUGUCGAGCUUGCCAAAACCCUCGAUGUUCAUUCCGUUCUGUCCUCCACCCCUUUCGCCAACAACCUCCGGAUGCCGUUUCCAAACAAGACGGCGACGAAUUCACGAGUUGUUGUAGGGCGGCACGGGAUCCGGAUCCGUCCUUGGCCUCAUCCGGACCCGGUUGAGGUUAUGAAGGCGCAUCGGAUCUUAGAGAGAGUUCAAAAGGAGCAGAGGUUACAAUUCGGUUCGAAGGAUCCGAGGGCAAUUAUUGUGGUCACUCCGACGUAUGUGCGGACUUUCCAAGCGCUGCAUUUGACCGGUGUGAUGCAGUCACUAAUGGUGGUUCCUUACGAUCUGAUUUGGAUCGUGGUGGAAGCUGGCGGUGUCAGUAAUGAAACGGCGUCGCUUAUUGCAAAAUCUGGUUUGAAAACUAUCCACGUCGGAUUAAAUCAACUGAUGUCGAAUUCCUGGGACGAGCGACAUAAAUUGGAGUCCAAAAUGCGCCUUCACGCUUUAAGAAUUGUAAGAGAGAAGAAACUAGAUGGAAUUGUUAUGUUUGCGGAUGAUAGUAAUAUGCAUAGUAUGGAACUUUUUGAUGAGAUCCAAAAUGUGAAAUGGUUUGGGGCAGUUUCGGUUGGAAUACUUGCUACUUCAGCUAAUAUUGAUGAGUCAUCAGCUCGGAAGGAGGAAGAGGAGAAUCCUAGAAUGCCCAUUCAAGGUCCAGCGUGUAAUGCAUCUAAUAAGUUGGCAGGAUGGCAUACUUUUAAUACAUUGCCCUUUGCAGGGAAAAGUGCUGUUAGUAUUGACGACAGAUUGACUGUGCUGCCACGGAAGUUGGAGUGGUCAGGGUUUGUUUUGAAUUCUAGGUUACUUUGGAAAAUUGGAGACAAUAAGCCAGAAUGGAUUAAGGAUAUCGAUAUGUUGGAUGGGGAUGUUGGGAGUCCAUUGGGUUUGAUUACAGACCCUUCGAUGGUGGAGCCACUUGGAAGCUGUGGUCGUCAAGUUUUACUCUGGUGGCUUCGAGUUGAGGCUCGUACUGAUAGCAAAUUUCCUCCCAGAUGGAUCAUUGACCCUCCUUUGGACAUCACCAUCCCAUCAAAACGCACUCCAUGGCCAGAUGCUCCCCCUGAACUCCCUGCUAAAGAAAAACUAGAGAGGGGCAUUCAAGAGCCCAUAGUGAAGCAUAAUACCAAAACCCGAAUGUCCAGAUCAAAGCAUCGAAGCAAAAGGAAGCAUGAAACAAGAACAGACAAACAGGUUUCGACAAGGCAUUCUGAACAAAACUAAAGUCAUAGCUGGCAAUCCAUGCAUUAAGAGAUUCAAAACAUCUGCGAGAAGAAACUUGAUUGACAAGGGAGGAAUGCUCAGGUGUUGGGUACGUAUGAAUAGCCACCCCUUUCAGCAGGCCAGUUUACACAUUCAUUUGUGUUUUUAGUUCAUCUUCCUCCUCCCUAGUUUCAUCUUCUAUUUUUCCAUCUAUAGCUUGUUGGGGUAAUGGAUAUUCUGUUUCGUCGAGGUAUGUCAGCUAGGUCUUGCUCUCUUGUCUUGCAAGAGAGCAAGACCUGACAUGCUUUCCAUUUACAAAUUUAUACAUAAUCUUUCAAUAGAAAUCAUAGAAUUUUCUUCUGCUGGUUUAAGGUUUUAGAUACAACACCGAGAAGAAUAAAAAUUUUCUUUAAUUUCCAAA